AUAUGCCAUGUUUCUGCCAUUAAUUCCUCGUUCUCGCUACCUUCUCUUGGCUCUGUUCUUCCUCUGCUUGCCAUCCAUUAUUCCUUCCUCCGCCGUGACUUUCCGGCCAAAUUCUACUGCACGGCGGUGGCGCGUGUCCGACACGUUGCAUGGACCUCAUGCAACGGCGCGUUACGUAUAUUUUCCCGGGAAGCCACGGUGGACGCGGCGAAUGCCGAUGGUGCUGACGUACGCAUUUUUUAAGGAAAAUUGGGUCAGCAAUUUGAGUUUGAAAGACGUGAAAUUCGUAUUUCGUACGGCGUUUUCUAAAUGGGCCCACGUGAUUCCGGUGAGGUUCGAGGAGACGGAGGAUUAUGGGUUUGCUGAUAUUAAAAUCGGGUUUUAUAGAGGCGAUCACGGCGACGGGCAGCCGUUCGACGGCGUGCUUGGGGUGUUGGCGCAUUCUUUUUCGCCGGAGAUUGGGAGGCUCCACCUGGAUGCGGCGGAGACGUGGGCGGUUGAUUUCGAGGAGGAGAAGUCGGCGGUGGCGGUUGAUUUGGAAUCUGUGGCGACGCAUGAGAUUGGGCAUUUGUUGGGGUUGGGUCACAGCUCGGUGAGAGAAUCAGUGAUGUAUCCCAGCUUGAAGCCGAGGGAAAAGAAGGCGAAUUUGGAAGUGGAUGACGUGGAAGGUGUGCAAGCUUUGUACGGAUCCAAUCCCAAUUUCAGUGAGAUUUUGAUUUUUCCGUGAAUCCAAUAGACGGGCUCACUAUACGUACUCCUAUGCUCGACUACAUGCUCUCAUCUUGACCGAGUAGUCCAAAAUAUAUCAAGAAAGAAGCUCGUAAACAUGA